CAUAGGGGGUUGUUUUAGAAAAUAUCAGUUUAUAAGUUUCAUACUGAAACCCUAAAUCCGUCCUAUUACAUAUAAAGGCUGCAGCUGAACCAAAUCGGCUUCUCCGUAGUAUCCAACACCACCGUUUCAGCAGCAGUAAUCUCUUCACCACCAACAACAACAUGUCGAAGAGGAGGACUAGGGAGCCAAAGGAAGAGACUGUCACUCUUGGACCUUCUGUGAGAGAGGGAGAGCUUGUUUUUGGUGUUGCUCACAUUUUUGCGUCAUUCAAUGACACUUUCAUUCACGUGACUGAUUUGUCUGGAAGGGAAACUAUGGUUCGUAUUACUGGUGGUAUGAAGGUCAAAGCUGAUAGGGAUGAAUCUUCCCCAUAUGCUGCUAUGCUUGCUGCACAAGAUGUUUCCCAGAGAUGCAAGGAGCUGGGAAUCAACGCGCUUCACAUUAAGCUUCGGGCCACUGGUGGAAACAAGACCAAAACUCCUGGACCUGGUGCUCAGUCUGCUCUCAGGGCUCUUGCCCGUUCAGGAAUGAAAAUUGGUCGUAUAGAGGAUGUGACUCCCAUUCCUACUGAUAGCACCCGCAGAAAGGGUGGUCGGAGAGGAAGAAGGCUGUAAGCUUGCUGCUCUUGUCAAGAAGCAGAUGCGGGUUCUUGUUGAGAAUGUCGCAGGUGCUAGUUUUGAUAUGGACUUGAAUAUUGUUCAUCUACUAUGUACUUCUAUUGAUGUUGGCCUUGCCUAUAAAUUUUGCUUCUUUUUUCAUGGUUAAAUUUGUGAAACAAUUAUGAGAAAUAUGAAUUGUGGCCUACAAUCAAUUAGCUGGUUAAGAAUCUACUUUCCAUGGUUAUCUAUCUCUUCGGCAGGCUGUAUGUAGCUUGCAGUUUUGUGUUGGAUAGAAAGGAAGGAAAAUAAGGUGCUAUUGUGGUUUUUUUUUC